UCCUUACGCAUUUAAACAGCCUUAAAGGAGACAAAUACAUUUGAUUAAUUUUCAAUGUUCUUCAUUCAUGUUCAUCGCAAUUUAAAAUAGUCACUGUAAAUUAAUUCAACCAAUAUAUCUAUUAUUAUUUUUCUUGUUUACAUCAGUACGCCAUUUUUGAAGCUAGCUGUUUUACGUGCAUGCGCUAUGCAUAGCGUGCAGCAUGCAGUUAGUCAACGUUUACUGCCCGUGAAGUGUUAUGGUUUGGGCCGACUCGGCUUUUGCGAUUAAUUUGUGAUUCCCACGGGCUGGAAAUCCUCUGUGGUAUCUUUUCAGGUACGUUUUUGAAGCUGUGUGGACGAAGUUCGCAUGUAGCUAUCUCUGAAUGUGAAUCCAGAUUGAUAGGAGACAGAAUGGACAAGCAUUCAAAGGAACAGAAGGCACUUUCACCGCGUUAUGAUGGUAUACCACUCCGUUAUGAAGAGAGCAAGCCUGUACAAACACAGAUAUACACACAUCAAAAUAUCCUAGAUAUUGGUCAGAACAUUCACGUUCAAUGGGAAGUGCAGGUUGAGAAUGAGAAGGAACGAGCAGUCAGUGCCGCCCAGCACAAGGUGUGGCAAGAGGCUGAACACAUGAAGAAUGUAGCCCUGGAAAAAAGUCGAGAACUUGCUAAGGAAGAGAUGGAGAAAGCGGUCACUGAUCUGAAACGCAGCCAUGAGAAAUCACUCAAGGAAGAAGCCUUACGAGUUGAAGGUAUCAUGUCAAAACAAGCAACAGAGCAAGUAAGGCAGGAAAAGGAAACAGGAGAGAAGAUUCUGAGAGAAACCGUGGAGAAAGUUCGGGCUCAAGGACUUAAAGAGAAAGAAGAAGCAGUGUCACAAGCCAGGAAAGAAGAGGUGGAGAUUGCACGGAAAGAAGCAGAGAGAGUGGCAAGAGUGACAGCUGACCGAGAAGCAAAGACAGCCAAAGUAAAUGCCCAGGAAAAAGCUGAAGCUCUGGCAACCUUGGAGGAGAAAAUGAAACGGGAACGUAUGAAUGCUGUCCAGACAGCACAGAUGGAAGAACGCCAUGUUGCAGCUGUGGAGCUUGGCCGAGUCAAGUCUGCACAUCAGUUAGAAAUAGAGAAACUUCAAGAAACCAUCCAGAAACUGGAGUUGAGGAACGAAGAGACAUUAACAGUGGUAGAGCAAGAAUGCCAGGAGAAGAAACAAUGGGAAGCUAAGUACCAUAAUUUGAAAGAUUCCUUCCAAUUAUUCAUCAAUAAAACAAAAGGAUUUGAUCCUGGUCAGGCGGACUUCCUUCUGAAAUGAAAUAUGAAUAUUUGCUUGCCAGAAUGUGACAAAGAAGGAAUGUGUAGAUGUGCUUGGACCUUGCAAAUCUAAGCAUAGCACUGUAGUGAAUGUUUCUGAUGCGGUUUUCUACAAUUCUCUCGCUAGAAUUACACGUAGUAUAUUUCAGUAUUUAUACUUCUGUGUGUGAGCCUAAUUACUUUUCCAAUAAAGUGUUUUGACUGGAAGACAAUUACUCCUGCGUUUGUUUUUGCUUGAAAGCUACCCACUGGAAGAGCUAUGCUGGAGAAAACUGUCAAGGUUUAAGUCAGCAGUGCCUUAUCUUUCUGGAGAAACAUUUUUUAUUUGAAAUCUAUCAUUGUUUCACUAUAAACCCAUGUGACAGACUUCAAACCUGUUGUCUUAGGUACUUUGCACUAAACUAAUGCUCUGCUGCUGGCCAUGAAGUACUCAACAGGGUGUUGUUUUUUUCGCAGUGUUUAAACCUUUACAUGCAGGGUUUAAUAAGGAAAACUGUCAAGGUUGUUGUUAAGUUCCUUCUGUGUCAGUAGAUUUUACACAUGGGAAAUUUCAAAGGAAUUUUGUGUGCCUCAAACGAAAGAGAACUUUCAUUCGUGUGAAUGACAAUCUUCAAAUUUUGGUUUCAGUGGGUUUUAUGCUUAAUUAAUCAAAAAUGCAAAAUCGCACAUGAAAAUGUUACUCAUGCAUUCCAAGUUACCUUAUUCAGGUUCCAUAUUACAUUCCAGAACGAGUUCUCCAGCAAAUGUUGCUGGUUAGAAUGGUUGUACUUCCAACAAAUAAAUGUAUUAUAAUUUGGCCUUUUGAGGAUAAAUGUGUACAAACAUUAUGCAAUUAUGGACAGUUGGUACUUGAAAAUGAGGUGUGUACUUUUAUAACUCAAUUUUUUAACACCUAGUAGUCACCAGACCCUUUUGUGUACAUUUAAUACAUGUACAUAUAUACCAAAGUUUUGAACGCUCACAUAUUGGCCUUGCGUUGCCUUUUUUCACAGAGACAAACAAGAACCUAUGUGAUAUUCACAGUUUUAGAACACAACAAUCUCUAAAACUGCUGCCUAAUCUGAAUUGGAUUCAAAUGGUUUUACUUGACAGUAUUAUAUUGUUUGCCUGAAGAGAGAAAGGUACAAUUUAAAGGAGAGAUUUCAGGUGUUCUGUAUUUUGACCAUUUAGCAUUUUAUUUAUGAUUGUCAUAAUUUUCAAAAAUCAAACCAACAUAUGCAUAGUAAAUCUCACGUUACAUAGUACCUACAGUAAGUCCUGUCACAAAUUUGUACAUUUGCAUAUAAAACAUUAAUGGAGGAUUUGGUUUUUAAGUUUGUACACUUGGUCAAAAUAACAUUUUAGCACCAAAACCUUUUGAGCCUCUACAUUCUGACUGUUUGUGCUCGUUGUUUUAUUGUAUAUUAAUUUUUGGCCUAUUUUAAUUUUUUUAUUU